GUGUGAUGAUAAUGUAUUGAUCAGGUUGUGAUGGAUGGCCACUGAGGAUAUAUAAGUGAAGAUCUCUGCCGAGCAGAGUUUAAGUCCAGCUCUGGCCGUCUGAAGAUAGAGACACCAUGCUUUCUGUAGCUCUGUUUUACCUCUUAGCUGUGAUUUGUUCUGCAAGACAGACACAUGCUCUACCUCUGUACCCUGACACCAACCUGGAGCCACAGGCAGAUUUCAUUCAGAAGUUAGUGUCAGAGGUGGAAGACGGUCCUAACGCUGCUGAGGGGCAGCAGAGAGAAGUGAAUGACCUGUAUCCUCUGCUGAUGCAGCACAAUGGAGGGAGAGAGCCCUGGAACAAAGGGGCUAAAGAAUCAGCACAACACGAUAAAUUUGCAAAUAUGGUUGAGGACCUCAGAGAAGCCAUGCUGAAGCUGGCGGCGGCUGACAAGCUUCGCUCUCAAGGUUUUCUCAGAUCAGAGCAGAACUUACCAAAAACAAACAAAAGAGCGUGUUUCUGGAAAUACUGUGUCACCAACUAG